UAUGUAAUUUCGCAUAUCAGGUGAUACUAUUAAAGCUCUAAAUCGUUAUUAGGAAACCUCUCAAGGACAAAUCUUAUUAGUUCUCGUCUCGCAAGUAGGAUUUUCUUCCUGUCUGCCACGAAAAACGUUACGAUACGUACCGCAAAUAAUAAUAAUAGUAAUAAUGAAUAAACGAUGCGAAGAAAUUGUUUUGAAAAGCGUGAAUUAAGUGCGCAACUAGCAUGGAACAUUUUUUAGAUUGCUAUUUGGAUAAUUUCAAAGAAGCUCCUAGAAACAGUUUGUACGACAGAAGAACGAGGAAAGCCAUGGUGGAGUAUAUAAACACUUUGAUCGAGGGCUGUUCUGCAGCUGACGAUGGAGAUACGGAAAUAACGUGCCAAACAGCAGUAAGAACGUUAGUACGGUACCAUCAGAGAGCAAAAGCAUCCAACGGUAACGUGUGCAUGAUGGGAAAAUACCAUAACAUCCUAUACAUAGCAGUUAGAUUGUGUUACCUCUGGGGUGUGAAAAAUUUAGAUAUUAUUUCCGAACUUCUAAGAGACAUCUACUCUUGCGAAUAUACCUUUGAGCGAAUAAUUAUUGGAGCUAUUUUUGGCACUAGAGCUCCACAUUAUAUAGCAGGAUGGAAAAGUGACUUCGAUGAUAAAGAGGAUAAUUUUAGAGGUCUCAUCUAUUUUUUAGAUAAAGCUAAUAAAGCCAAAUUAGAGUUUCCAUUUGAGUUGAAGAAAAAUGAAACAAAGUUAUUCAGGUUUAUAGACUUGCCAAUCGAGAGUUGUGGUAAAACAUCUAUGGUAAAAUUGAGCGUUCAAUUAGGAUUACCGGAUAAAUUAUUAUUUUUCACACGGUUUGGUGCCUUAACAUCACAUGAAGCGGAUGACGGUGAUUCUUUAGAAUUUAUUUUAAACAGGUUAAUGGAGUUCAACCACAGCUACCCGUAUAAUUUGGUAGCAUGUCUACAAAUUCUUUUACGCGUUACGACAAAAGUAACAUUUAAAAAUACCGAUAAGAUAUUGAAAGAUGUCAUGAUGGAUCAGUAUGAAUCUUUGAUAGAAGACGGAAUAAUGCCCUUGUCUCGUUCUGGAUUUUUACCACCUGAAUUAAAACAUCUAUGUCGCUGUAAAAUCAGAGAGUGCCUAUGGAAUAACUACAAUCUACCUCACCGAAUUCACGAUCUGCCUUUACCAGACCCUCUUCGAAAAUAUAUUGAUAUUCUAGUAGAUUAA